AUGUCUCUGAUCGCCGAUGACAGAGGCGGCGACGUACAGGACGACCGUGAAGAGCAGCCUCUCCCGGCUUCCUCUCGCUCCGAAGAGCUGUCAGGCUCGGUGUCGCCGUCGGACUCCAAAUGCACAACUGUCCAAACACGGUCGCGGUCGCAGAUGCUGGCACCCCGCUCUCCCCAGCGCCUGCCAUACAUGGCCGUGUGCAGUGUGGGCCUCAUCGUGGUCAUCGCGGGACUGACCAUUACCGCCUACAAGUUUCAAGCGGGCGAUGCGGUAAUAACGCUCUUCAAACACUCCAUGGCAUUCCUGCGACGCGGGGCCAACGCAUCGGCCACCGGCGUCGGCGAAAGCGGCUCGUUACACGAGGUGGACAGCCGACACUUGGUCAAGCAAGAAAGGAAAGUUGUGCCAUCCAAGUCCACAUGCCGGAGUGACGUGUGCGCCUGGACUGAGAACUACCUGCGAGGCCGAAUCGACACGGCCGUAAACCCGUGCGUGGACUUCUACGGGCACGUCUGCUCCCGACAGUGGUCGUCGCGCGACCUGGACCUGCUGUCCAGAGCAUACAGGGAGCGGACAGCAGGCAUGAUGAUGAUGGACAUCGAGAGGUUCUUCCGGGACUACCUCAAAGAGAACGAGGAUCGUUACCACAAGUAUCCCGGCGUCUUCCUCCACCAGGCCAUCUCCUUGCUCCCCAAGUGCCAAUCUGAAGAGAAAGAUGACAAAAACUUCACGUCCAUGCGAGCUCUCCUGGAAGAAUACAAUCUUGGAAAUUGGCCCUACAAGAGGGCUCCACGGGGUUCAAACAUCGUCGCGGUAUCGGCUUUCGUGGACCGAGACCUCGGUGUCUUCCCUUUCGCUAGGGUGUCCCUUCGCAAGCCCUUCGAGGAUGAUCGUACAUACACUGUCCACAUCGACGUACCUAGCCUGACGCUCAAGAGGUACAACCUCGCGUACCUUGAUGAGCCACCGAAGAACUUUACUCAAAAGAUAGCCAUCGCGUUGUCGCUCUUCGACAAGGCGCAAGAUGUUGCCGAGCAAGCGGAAGCUAUAGGCCUCCUCGAGACGAAGCUCCACCAGAGUAUGUCGGCAACGCGCUUCAUUGAGUUCCCGGACAGAAUCAAGAGCGUCGGACAGCUCGAUGGCAAGGGAAAGUGGGACUGGAAAGCCUACCUCAAUAUCCUGUUUCAAGACAUAGAGACAUUCGAAAGCGACACGCCCGUGGCGGUUUUAAACCACGACUACGUCACCAAGCUUGUCCCCAUACUCAACGAAACGGACAUGGUUACCCUUUUGAACUACGUGGGCUACCGCAUUGUAGUGCAUGUUUCCCCGCUGUUGGCCAAGUCAGCCAGCCCUCUGCUGCGCUUGAGCCACGACAACUACUUGGAGUUUGUCCCAGACCGACGUCAAGCCUGCAUGCACCUGCUAGAGCGGCUGUACAAGCACGGCAUGCGCUUUUUUGGCCGCAUGACUUUCAGCAAGAACAACUCGACGCUGCUUUUGAAGCACUAUGACUACAGCAUGUCAAACCUCGAAGUGCAGCUCAAGAGCAGCAUGACCGAUCGUCUCAUAUCGUCGUCCUCGUGGCUGGACCGUUCGGCCAUCGGCAUCGGCGUCGACAAGCUCGAGAGCAUGCGCGUUGUGUUUCUCGGCAGCACAGACGACGUCAACACCAUCGCCAGCUAUUACAACUUCAAUGCUCAGCCCCUUGAUCCAAGCCACUUAGUCGAAAGCUUCCGUGAGCUUCAAGCCGGAACCAUGAAUGUCUACUGGGAGACCCGGCCUCCGAAGGACGACUUCGACGCAAGAUAUGACCACACCGCCCUUUCACCAGGACAUGAGCACUUCUUCGGUCGCAACGUGGUCUUCAUUCCCCACGCCAACAUUGCCUUCCUCAACGACAUUACUAAGAACAUCGACCCCAUAUUCUUUCCACUUAUCCUCACUGAAAUCUUCCGAGGCAUGUUCGGGGCCGUGGAUAGACGCGGAGCCACCGUGGACCACAACCUCGCCGUGGCCACUUGGUGGAACGCCGACGAGAUUAGCAAGUUCUCGCAGCUCGAGCUCUGCUUCCAGGACCAGUACUACGUCGAAAUUGCUGACCUCGUAGGGGACAGCUUUGAGGCACGGUUAAGGCUGGAGGAGAACAUCGCAGACAACGCCAUCAUUGCGCCGUUGUACGACAUGUAUAUGAAGGCACUCCUGUCCCAGGAUGGCGCCGACAAGCUGAAGAUAUCGUUGGACGGGCGACAGCUCAACAUGGAGCAGCUUUUUUUCGUCCUAUAUGCCGUGGGACUGUGCGACAAUCCGAACAGCGACGUCUGGAAGAGGAAGCUGAAGUUCCGUGAGAUACCCGGCAAACUUCGAGUCAACAUUCCGCUCAAGAACUUCGCCAAAUUCUCGACUGCUUUCAACUGCCCCAUGGGCGCACCCAUGAACCCCACUCGCAAGUGUACUGUCUGGUGA